AUGCUCGACGACUCCAUCCGUCCCCUUAUUCACUCCCGCUCCUUCUCUCCUGCGCCGACUGAAGCCCACCAUACCAUGGACAAUAUCAAUCUUGCUGGGGGUAACGUGCGCAGGAAGGGCAGGCCUUCAUGGGUUCUCGCCCUCUCCUAUGCCUUUGAUUGGUUCAUCCUCGUCGCCUUUGCUGCCAUCGGCUACGUUUUGGGCGACAUCACUCCGAACAAGCGACCGUUUUCGCUCGACGACCGCAACAUUGCCUUCCCAUACACCGUGAAGGAGACAGUUCCGGUUUGGCUCGCAUCAGUAAUCGCCGUCGGUAUCCCCAUUCUCGUCAUCGCCGUCGUUUGCUUCGUUCUUGUUCCCGGCUCGACGGUGCCCGUCGGGACGCCAAAGUCGCUAAUCUGGAAGCGCAAGCUAUGGGAGCUGCAUACUGGCCUGCUGGGCCUUGCCCUGUCAAUCAUUGCGGCCUGGUUCAUUACCAAUGGCAUGAAGAACCUCUUCGGAAAGCCCCGACCUGACCUUCUGUCUCGAUGCCAGCCUGAUCUCGACAACAUUGGCCAAUAUAUUAUCGGUGGCUUGAAGGGGUUGGCAACCGCGACCACGGCGGGACAGCUAGUUAGCCCAACUAUUUGUAAAAAUCCGAACCAUGGUGUGUUGGAUGACGGCUUCAGGAGUUUUCCAAGCGGGCAUUCGAGCUCUGCAGCUGCAGGUCUGCUCUACCUCUCGCUCUUCAUCGCGAGCAAGUUCGCUAUCACGAUCCCGUUCCUUGCCCCGGCCGGCUUUGCUGACGCUUCCGCCUUCGCCGCCUUCCCUUCGCGCACGCGCUUACCCAGUAUCAAAGUGUCCGGCCCGGAAACAUACGAGAUGUCUUCGCGCGUGCCCAGCGUGCCGGCAUCUACCGUGGACUCAGCUCUCGGCAACAAGGGGAUUUCGCGGCAGAACCAAACCGUCUCGGCCGUCCGACGGCAAGCAGCCGCGCCACCCCUCUACCUCCUAUGCAUAGCCGUCGCGCCUUUCUUCGCCUCCGUCUUCAUCGCCGGGUCGCGGUGGUGGGACUUUCGGCACCACGGCUUCGACAUCUUUUUCGGCUACCUCAUCGGCACCGUCACGUCCGUCUUCGCCUUCCGCUACUACCACCUGCCCAUCUCGAGCGGCGCCGGAUGGGCGUGGGGACCCCGCAGCCACGACAAGGCGUUCUGGGCCGGCGUGGGGAGCUUCAGCUAUGCCACGGACCACUUACGCGGACAGUACCGGUCUGGCGACGAGGAGGAGGCCCUGAGCGCCUCGGACAGCGUCGGCCGUGGUAGUGCGCUGAGCGCCGACACCCAACCCGCCACGGCUUCGGCGAGAAAGGGGCCGGCCUUGGAUGAUCAGGAUACCUCCUACUCUUCGGGCGCUCACUAA